UCCCCAUUUCCAAUUCCUGUAAGCACAAUGCACUUUGUUCAAUUGAACCUCUUAAAUUUGGGCCAUAGAUCCGUUUGAACUCAUAAUAAUCUUCAAACAAAGAGGCGCAUCGCAUUCUUCCAACCGUGGCUUUAAUGGGUAAAUUGAACUCGCAGAAACAUAUAUCCACCAUAAAAGAUGGAGUUACAGAACUCAAGGUUUACGAAGAGGCAGAUAAGAUAAAAAUCCAAAGCCGUGAUUCUCUCAGCAGGCGCUGCAAGGGAAUGUCUGGUGCGCCUAACAUGAGUGAUGUGCAGACCAGUCGGAAGAGCUCGGAGAGUGAUAUCAAGCACAUAGAGAGGAUAAAAGCAAAAUGCAGUACUUCUGUUAAGGUAAAUGUCAAAAGAAAAGUAUUGACAGAUAUCAGCAAUAUCAGGGGCAACUCUUCGAGAACCAAAUCAUAUAAUAGCUCCAAACUGCUGGUGUCAAAUGGUAAAUGCCCAAAAAAUGCAAGCAAUUCAGCAAGAAAAUUUAUCAUGGGAAAUGUGAGGCCAAACUUGAACGGAGCUACUGGUGACAAGCAAAUCUUGACACGGGCACCAUUCAAAGAUACAAAAGCCUCAUUUGAUGGCCGAAAGACCAGAAUUCAAGGCCGUAAAUCAGUUACCACUGGAAUCAGGCCAACUGGAAGGAAUGAUUUACCGCCAUCAAGGAGGUCUUUACCUAUACUACAGCAGGUGAACAUCGAGGGUACAGACAAUAAAGAGAAGGGAAAGGUGAGGGCGAACUUGAAUAAAGCUACUGAUGACAAGCAAAUCUUGACACAGGCACCACGCAAAGAUAUGAAAGCCUCCUUUGAUGGCCCAAAGACCAGAAUUCAAGUCCGUAAAUCAGUUACCACUGGAAUCAGGAGAACUGGAAGGAAUGCUUUACCGCCAUCAAGGCGGUCUUUACCAAUACUACAGCAGGUGAACGUAGAGGACACGAACAAUAAAGAGAAGGUAAAUUCCAAAAAGCUGGAGAAAGGCAAAGGAAUAAGUGGUGUUUCAGUUUUGGCAAAGCCUAAGGCCGCAGGAGAUGUUUUACCACAGUUAAGCAACCACAGCAACAUACGGAGAAAUCGAGUUGGUGAUGCCUCGGCUAGAAUGGCUCCCCGGGGUCAAGCUAAGGUGGAAGUUGGAGCAUUGAGAAGAAAAUCAGUCAGGACAGUUCUGAAAAUUACUGCUAGCAGUCUCAAUUCACAAAAGUGUUCAAAGUCGAACUCCAUGUCAGGUGUGCACAAAUGCACCUCUCGAGUUUCCAUUCCAUGUAAAAGGCUGGUGGAUGUUAGGACAUCUUCCCUAUCAAAAUAUGCAACAUCAGAGAUUUCAGCUGAGCAACCUCAUCAAAAGGAAGUUCCUUCUAGUAGUAGUGGCAGCUUAGCUACACCGGAAUUGUCAAUUGCCAGGAGGAAAUCUGAUCGUAGGAAGUCUUUUACGUGUUUACUGAUGGCAAGAUCAAAGCUUAUGAAGGAGCUAUGUGGAAAUGUAGAGCUGGACAAUUUGUCAAACAUUUAUGAUAGUUGCAAUCAUCUUGAAGUUACUGAAUAUGUUGAUGACAUCUAUCAAUAUUAUUGGGUUAUAGAGGCACAGAAUCAGCCUAUCAAAAACUACAUGGAGACUCAGAAGGAAAUAACACCCCAAAUGCGUGGCAUAUUGAUCAACUGGCUUAUUGAAGUCCAUCUGAAAUUUGAUUUGAUGCAAGAAACUCUAUUUCUCAUGGUUACACUCCUGGACUACUACUUAUCAUUAGCAAGGGUCAAGAAGAAUGAUUUGCAGUUAGUUGGCCUUACUUCACUGUUGUUGGCAUCAAAAUAUGAGGACCUUUUCCAUCCGAGGGUCAUGGACUUACUAAGCAUCUCUGCUGAGUCAUACACAAGAGAUCAGAUGCUGGAAAUGGAGAAAGAUAUCUUAAGGAAAUUGAAGUUUCGCCUUAAUGCAGCAACUCCUUAUGUCUUCAUGCUAAGGCUUCUUAAGGCUGCUCAAGCAGACACAAGGUUUGAACAUCUGGCAUUUUACCUCAUCGAGUUGUGCUUGGUUGAAUACGAAGCUUUGAACUACAAGCCAUCCAUGCUUUGUGCAUCAGCUAUUUAUGUGGCAAGAUGUACGAUGCAAAUGACGCCAGCCUGGACACCACUGCUGGGGAUUCAUGGACGUUAUCAAGAAUCCCAAUUCAGACAUUGUGCGGAAAUGAUCUUGAGGUUUCACAAAGCUGCAAGCACAGCACUUUUGAAAGUCACGCAUGAGAAAUAUAUGCAGUCCAGUAACAGCAAAGUUGCUGCUAUAAAACCUUUGCAGAGUCUCCCUUAAGUAUAUAUCUCUGCUGAGUUCAGUUUUCUGGAAGUGCAGAAACAUCUGAGGAACUCAAAAGAGAUGUGCUGUAAAUCUGUGUUGAUCACAACUCUUUUUAAUGGCUUCUGGAAGUUGAGCUUGGUCUUCAAUCCUUGUAAAUCGACCAUAGGGGGUUCUCUUAACUAUAAGACAUUUAGUUUCCCUUUAGUAGUCCCAGGGGAAGGUAAGCCCACUUUUUUAUGGCAGCGGAAAUCAUUCUCUAGCUUCCAGGGAAGCUGAAAAUGGGCUCUAGUUCUAUUAAUAGAGAUGGUAGAUUAGAGCCUCCUGUGUUCAUCACUAUACGAAUUUUAAGGACAUCUUUUUGCAAACGAACUGUUGAUACGUGAUUCUCGCGCGUUGGAAAGAAUGGAUUAAUUGCUUAUGCAA